AUCCGUCUGGUGGUGUUGUGCCACAAUUUUGGUCUGUCCGCAGUGAGGUGAGGAAGUCGCGUCGUCGUCGCUCGAUUCGCAUCGUUAUAUUUGAUCGCCGCCCCCGCCGUCGCAUCCCGGAGAUGAAGUGGCAAUACAAGGAGGAGCACCCCUUCGAGAAGAGGAGGGCCGAAGGGGAGAAGAUCAGAAAGAAGUACCCGGAUCGAGUUCCCGUAAUUGUAGAAAAGGCCCCCAAAGCUCGUAUUGGUGAUCUGGACAAGAAGAAGUAUCUCGUUCCAAGUGACCUUACUGUUGGCCAGUUUUAUUUCUUAAUCCGUAAGCGUAUUCACCUUCGACCAGAGGAUGCCCUUUUCUUCUUUGUCAAUAAUGUUAUUCCUCCUACAUCUGCAACUAUGGGCUCACUCUACCAGGAACACCAUGAAGAGGACUUUUUCUUGUACAUAGCAUACAGUGAUGAAAGCGUUUAUGGCGAAUUAUGUUGAAGGUAUCUAAUAGAAUGGCUAGUGUACCACUGACGAACUAAUUCCACUAGGCUGCAGCCUAUGGGAGCCUUGAGAGGGGCUUUGCACUUUGAGUGAAGUUUACAUUCACAAUCGAACACCAACAACUUUCAGGGCUGCUUAUUAGUCUUGUGUAUAGAGGCUCUAAUUAUAAAUGGUACUACUCAUUGCUACUCGUACGGUCGUCACCUCCCUCUCCUCUUAAUGAAUGCGAAAAAAUCUUAUACUAAAAAAUGAAGGGGAUGCAUUUAUCGUGUUUCGUGUGAACCAGCGUACUCUGUAACGUGAAAAGCUUGAGGUUUAUACCGUAUUACUUUUUCAUUUUUCACUUUGGUACAUUAUACAAAACUCGUAACAAUUUUUGGUGGUUUUCAAUUUCGGCACAAUGUAACUUGUACUGUAGGUAGCAUCACAUCGACAUGUAAUGUGUAUGAAGGGCAGCAACAUGUGCAUGCAUGCCUUUAGAAAUGGAAUAUUGAGUACAUACCCCUCUCUAACUAGUCAGAUAUGAUAGGCAAUACACUGUUUAAAAUAGUAAGUUUAAAGUAGCAAUUACUGAUUCUUGAGAAUUGGAAAAUAUUUUAAAAAUUUUGUCUCCCUCUAACCAUGAGCCUUGGACUUGUCACACUACUCAACUGAAAAGCAUAAAAAAAAAAAAAAAUAGUAAGUGAAUUGGGAUAGCAGAGGUUAUGAUGUUAUUUUCUUGUGGCUGUGCCCCAUUUGGUGAUUUCACCGACAUGUAAUCUUAGUGUAAUUUGCCAAAGGGUUUUUCUCUCACCAGUUGUUAAGUACUGUAGCAUUUUAUUUCCAUCAGCCUUAUGUAACUGAUUACUAUUAUGUAUCCAAAUGCUGAACAGAAAUGAAUUGCUUAUUUUUGUUUUCUUGAAAAUUUUCAAGUUUGCCACUUGCUUUUUGUGUUGAAGAAGGCACAUUCACUGGAGAUAUAUUUUGGUUAUGAAAGGUACUGUACUGUCAACAGUGUAUUCAUUCAUAGGUUAGCAUAUUCCAGUACUAGUGUUCUUUUAUUUUCUUCCUAAAUAUAUGUAAGAACUUAAGUUUUUUAUUUGUUCUCUUUUUGUAAAUAUCUUAACAGUACAUAUUGAUUUAAUCAUAGGUCUAAGUAUUUACGAGGAGAAAAAAAGGAAGUUCUAAUAAUGUUUUUUUUUUUUGGUCAAUUCUUAAUUCUUCAGCAUUGAAAUUAUCUAAUAUAUUUGACUAUUUUGGAAAUUUAUUGAGUGUCUGGUUUUUCUAGUCCUUUUUUUCUCAGAAUUUCAGAUUUUCUUUUCAGAUGUAUGACUAUGUUAUGUGAUAUGCAUUGAAAUUUAAACAGAAUAAAACCCAAAAAGACCA